GGACCGGAACCAGGGAUAAACUUUACAUUGAGCAGAUGUGAUGUAUUGCACUACAUAUCACAGGGUGCCGUCGCGGGACCGCGCGGUCUGAUUGGUCGGCGGGACCACGGCCCUGUUUGGUCCAGGAGGACCCUCCUCCCGCAGCGGCCGCGUCACAGGGAUGCUUAAAAGCUCCGUGGGCACGCCGCACCGCACACGCGCCCGCCUGCUCCCGCUCCUGCGCCGCGUGAGCCGCAAACGCACUGAGAGAUGGGGAAAGAUGCUCGGGACAGCUGGGGCAGCCCGGCGGAGUUCAUGCUGGCGUGCGUCUCCUACGCGGUCGGACUGGGGAACGUGUGGCGGUUCCCGUACCUGUGCCAGAUGCACGGCGGAGGGGGCUUCUUGAUCCCAUACCUCCUGAUGCUGCUAUUGGAAGGUGUGCCCUUGUUCUACAUGGAGCUUGCUAUUGGUCAGAAGAUGCGUUUGGGCAGCAUUGGGGCGUGGACUGCCAUCAGCCCGUACCUGUCAGGAGUAGGUCUUGCCAGUGUGGUCACCUCCCUGUAUCUGUGCCUGUACUACAACAUCAUCAACGCGUGGAGCUUCUGGUACCUCUUUAACUCGUUUCAGUCCGUCUUGCCCUGGGCGGUCUGCCCUGUAAAUUCAAACCGGACGGGACCUCUUGAGGAGUGUGAGAGAGCUACACCCACCCAGUAUUUCUUCUACAGAGAAACGCUGGACAUUUCCCCCUCCAUUGAGGAGAAUGGAGGCAUUCACACAGGCCAGGCUCUGUGCCUCGUGCUGGCAUGGAUCCUUACUUUCCUCUUCAUUGUGCGGGGGGUCAAGUCCACAGGAAAGGUGGUGUACUUCACAGCCACCUUCCCAUACCUGGUCCUCUUCAUCUACCUGGUCCGGGGCUUCACCCUCCAUGGAGCCAUCAACGGCGUUAAGUACAUGUUCACACCAAAGAUGGAGGAGUUGGCCAAUCCUGUGACUUGGAUCAACGCGGCCACGCAGAUCUUCUUCUCUCUGGGGUUGGGUUUUGGCUCCCUCAUAGCCUUUGCCAGCUACAACCAGUACCACAACAACUUCCAGCGGCAGGCCAUUGCAGUCUCCUUCAUCAACAGCGGGACCUCCAUCUUUGCUGCCAUCGUCACAUUUGCCAUCUACGGGUUCAAGGCCACUGUGAACUACGAGAACUGUCUGGGGAGGACUCGAGUGUUGCUGCUGAACACCUUCAACCUCGCUGAAGACUCCGUCUCACUGGACAACAUCCUGGAGGUCAUGGACCAGCUGAACACCACGUACCCUCAGCAGUUUGCCGAACUGUCCGGCAGACUGGAAAAUUGCAGCCUGGAGAGUGAGCUGGACACCGCUGUGGAGGGCGCCGGCCUGGCCUUCAUCGUGUACAGUGAAGCCAUCACAAACAUGCCACUGUCUCAGUUCUGGUCCGUGCUCUACUUCUUCAUGCUUCUGCUGCUGGGGAUGGGCAGCAUGCUCGGCAACAUCACGGCCAUCAUCACGCCUCUGAGAGACUUCAAGAUCACAUCUGGCAUCAGUGACGAGGUGUUCAACGGCGGGGUGUGUCUGUUCUGCCUGCUGCUCGGCCUGGGAUUCACCACCCCCUCUGGGAACUACUGGUUCACCAUGUUCAAUGACUACGGAGCCACGUUUUCCCUGCUCUUCAUCGUUCUCAUCGAAGUCAUCACUGUCAGCUACAUUUAUGGAAUCAAAAGGUUUGAAAAGGACAUAGAGGACAUGCUGGGUCACCGUCCUAACUGGUACUGGAAGAUCAUGUGGGUAGUAGUGAGCCCCCUCCUCCUCAUAGGCCUUUUUGUAUUUUAUAUCAUCACCUACAUCCAGGGAGGGACCCCCACCUAUCAGGCGUGGGACAAAGAUGUGGGUAAAUCGGUACAGACGGAGUAUCCGGUGUUCGGCCAGGUCUUCAUCGGGCUGCUGCUGGUGUCUUCAGUGAGCUGCAUUCCUCUGGCAGCUCUCUAUGCCUUUUGCCGAAAGAGGAAACAUGGAGUCGUGCAGAAGGAGUCGGUGAGCACGGUGGCCGCUUAGCGAGCCUCGGGCUCCAGUCGGGCAGAGACGGUCUCAGCUCUGUCUGAUCUACAUCAACACUUCAACAUUCAUCAAGAAGAGAAAGUUGAACAUCAGCUCCUCCUGUCAUUCAAAGUAGUCAAAGCUGCUCUUCCUGCUGAAGGACAUCCAGCAGAGAGAGGAGGAACCCUGUCAGUCUUUCUCCUCACUUCCAGGACUCUGUUUGCAUCAGCAUCCUCUUCAUCCAAGGUUCUCCCGUCUGAUGAAGAGUCCUUGCAUUGGGAACAGCAGGAGCCCUCACUUCUGUUGGCAGUCUCAUCUGUGAACAUCUACUGUAAUGUCGCAUUUUCAGUGCUAGUGUGUCAGUAUCUAACAUGACGUUACUGAACAAUAGUGUGAUCCUGACAUGAAUGUAUGUAGAACAGCUCACUGAGUGAGUGACACAAGUGUUUGUUUAAGGCGCAGAGCGGCGUUAACCUGCUCAAAAUCACGGCUUCAAGUCAGAAUCUCGCAGUAGAAUGAAAUGCAACAACUGCAAAGACAUUUGCACCUGUUUUUUACUCAAAGAACGAGCGAUCUCCUGUGAAUCUUCAGAUCAGAGGAGUAAAAAGCAGCCGUUUUCAACACUCCCAUCCAAUUGUGACGGUUCCAGGACAUCUCUGGGGAAGCAGCUGCUGUGAUUUCUGCAAGCUGUCAAUGUGGGGUUUGACUAAGGUGUGGGAUCCUGAAAGGUCUGUUGAUGAACACAUGCGACCGUACAAACACAUACGGAGUGCAAAAUGUCAUUUUCCUACAUAUGAACUAUUUUUGAUAACUAGUUUUGUAUCUGUCAACAUCACACGGAUGCCUUCAUGCAUGUAAGCCAGUGUUUGAAGCUGUAGAUGUGCCAAAACAUAGUUUUAGCACAGCAAUGUCUUUAUCUUUGAUAUUUAAAUGUGUUUAAUCUGCUGAAAUGUUUUUAUUGUUUUUGUAUGCCUUUGAUUGGAGAUGAACAAUCCACCAAGGGUUAGUUUGACAUUAGUGGAGCACCUUUAUUAUUCUGUCACUAUCUGUUUUUACCAAAUAAAUAUGACGUUUGUGUAAA